CGCAAAAACAACGCACCAUACCGUUUGGAGGAGCUCAGUGGACGUCUGCUUCCCCAAGACAGUCCAAGAUAUGCUGUGUCCACAACGCUUGACCGUGUCUCACCAAUAUGAUCUGCAGCGCAUCGAACUCCUUGGACCGUCUAUGGCGGGAUGUGCGUGACUUGUGCGGCCGCGUAGGUGCCGAGAUACGUGACGCGGGGUCUAGACGAUCUUUGUUUACAAUGAUGCAUCAGGAAGAGAAGGGAGGGAGAGAAGAGUCGAUGUAUAUAAAGACCCGGGAUCGCGCACCUUGAUGUCCACACCACCUCUCACAAUCAGUCCACACGACCACACAACCACACAACCAAUCAAUCAAGUCAACCCCGAGCUACCCAAUCAACCAACAUGUCUCCUUGCUCCUGCAACGCUUGUAACUGCCAGGGUGACUGCUCCGGCUGCAGCUGUGGAUCCUGCUCCCACUAAGCUUCCCCGUCAUGAAUGACGAUAACUGGGCUACGGGAAGAUGAGUAUGAGACAUGAUAUGCGGGAUGUUA